CGCAUUUGGGGUUAGGGUUUUUGAUGAGGAAAUGAAACAUAUAUGGAACGUAUCACCUUUUCAACAACCUGUCAAACACCAAACUUUUACACAGCAAUUGCUUUGGAAAUUAUAAUAUCGGAAUUGCUUACGCGUUUGUAAAGCAAUUGCCUCUGUUCUAUAUCUUCCUUAUUUUCAAUUAAGGAAUUGAUCUGUACGUUCGUCGCGUAACUUGAUUAUAUAAAUUUUUCUCUUUUUUUCCAUUCAUUGAAUCAUGUCUGGCCGUGGUAAAGGUGGUAAAGGUUUAGGAAAGGGUGGUGCCAAGCGUCACCGUAAGAUUCUGCGUGACAACAUCCAAGGUAUUACCAAGCCUGCAAUUCGUCGUCUUGCUCGUCGUGGUGGUGUCAAGCGUAUUUCUGCUUUAGUCUAUGAAGAAACCCGUGCUGUCUUGAAGUUGUUUUUGGAAAGUGUCAUUCGUGAUGCAGUCACUUACACAGAACACGCCAAGCGUAAGACUGUCACUUCUUUGGACGUUGUGUACUCUUUGAAGCGCCAAGGCCGUACCAUUUACGGUUUCGGUGGUUAAACAAUAUUCUUCAUUUGUUUUGUUGAUCGUCGUUCAUGGACAUUGCAUUAAUUUUUCUUUUUGUUUCACCUUCUUUCCUGUACACCACAUUUUUCUUUCAAAUUCGUUUUCAUGUGCUUGUCUAUUCGCAAAAAGCCUGAAUGAAGCAUGAAUGCAAUGAUGAAAGGUUCCGAUUCUAAUCCGGUAAUAAUUUAUUUUAAACAGUUAAUAUAUACCUAUCAUUUUUCUUUUGUUUCUUGCAUUCCA